UAUCAUGUAUCCGUAUUGCAGGGGUAUAACGAGUGCAAGUGUUUAUCCGGAGUGUCGAUUCAAAUAACCGGCGACUAUCGGACAUAUUGUUUACCGUUGAUGUUUCCAAUUAACGGUGUCGAUCGUUUGACGGCUGGACCGUGAGUUGAGAGAGGUUAAAUGAGUACAGAUUUCCAGACUGUCCUAGCGCGUCGAAAUAUGUAGCGCAAACAUUUUUGCAAGUAAUGAUGUAUCACGUAUCCGUAUUUCAAGUGUAUAACGAGUGCAAAUGUUUACCCGGAGUGUCGAUUCAAAUAACCGGCGACUAUCGGACAUAUUGUUUACCGUUGAUAUUCGUGAUUAACAGCGUCAAUCGUCUGGCGACUGGACCGUAAGUUGAGAGAGGUUAAACGAGUACAGAUUUUGAUGCUACAGAUGUGUAGAAUAAACGAUUCCUACAAUUGUUGAAGAAAAUCAACACGCAAACACUUUUCAAUGAAUGCAAAAGUAUGUUAGGAGUGUAUCUUGUAAGAAUUCAAUUGAAUAACAUGUAGCUGUUUAACCUAUAUGACCGCUGAGUCAAUCGUUCGUCUCUCUCGCCCGCUCUUAAUCGUUGUUUAUCUCGCACACUCUGAGUAUGCGUACAAUAACAUAAAGUGCCAAAUAUGUGUGAAAUUAUAAUACUCAGAUACAAUUAUAUCCGUGAACGCGUUGUGGCGUAAAGUAUGUCUUAUGUAUCUCGCGUUUGUGUUGUAUGUAGUGCGGCGUAGUAAAUUUGCAAUGUGAAUCCGUGUGAUUUUUACGUAAAUCAAGUUUGUGAGUUAAUUUUUGUUUAAUAGUGUGUGUGUGUGUGUGCUUGUGUAAUUAAGUGCGGAUUUCUGAUAUUCAUCGAUUCUUCAAUGGAGUUGAUGCAGUCUAAAGUGGAGUCUGCAGCAGAAGUAAACUACAAUACUCUAGCUAGUAGAGCUGAAAGCAUACUUGGUUAGAGUACAACGACCGAAUGUUGCAGACCAUUGUGAACACCACAGACUGCCGUAAAGCAUCCCUGAAGCAUCGCACCGAUGAAGAACGUUUGCUUUCAUCAUCUAAAAGCCUACUCGAAUUCAUCCCGCAAUCGCGGGAUAACGACGCAUCGCACCGGCCGAGAGCUGUCCAAUUAGCCAAAGUGAUGAUCAUUCGGCGUCACUCGACGCUGCACCUGCGCCGUCUAUCGCAACCAAGAAGGAUCCGCGGCUGCUGGCCGCGUGCAAGCUGUGUGCUGUGUACCGCUCGCGCACGUCGCGCACCACGCCUGCCGAGAAAGAGAAUUGUGUUCGCCUGCUUAGCAGUGGCGACGGCGCGCGCCGGAAUCGCCCAUGGUGGUGGUCUGGCCAUCACCGGACACGGACGUCUGGGUGGUGCCGGUUUGACCGGUGGACUCGCCGCUGGUGCUGGAACCGCCGCCUCCCUCCAGGGUGGUGCCUCCAGCUUGGGAUCCGGCGGUCUUGGUGCCAGCUAUGCUGCUGGUGCGGCGGCGGCGGCUGGCGCUGCUGGAGUUCAGCAGAUCGUCUCUGGUGGAGUGAUUGGCGGCAGGUCUGACAUCGGACCCGCUGAGGGACCGAAGGCCAACGUUGGACCCCAGACCGGACCGUCUGAUCUCGUAGGACCCCAGGAGGGCGCCAAGUCCGUCGGUGGACCCCGCACUGGACCGGCCAGUCUUGUAGGACCUGCUGCUGGCCCAUCCACCCUUGUUGGACCGUCCCAGGGAACCGCCACCCUCGUAGGACCAUCCCAGGCUACCGCUAACCUCGUUGGACCGAGCUACGGUGGUGUUGCCUUCUACGCCGGAUCCGGUGGCAUCAACGGUGAUGACGGUAGCUCUGGUGCUGCUGCCAACGCCGCGCCCGGUGGUGGUGCUGGUGCCCUCGUCGGAGGACUCGGUGGACUCGGUGGACUCGGCCUUGGCGGUGGACUCGCUGGCCCUGGUGCCAUUGCUGUCAUCGGUGGUGGUGGUGCUGGUAUCGGUGGUGCCCUCGGUGGCGGUGAUGCCGGAGUUGCUGUGAUCAACGGACCGUCUGGCGCCAUCCACGCCGGACUCGGCGCUCACGGUGCCGUCAUCCCCGCGCCCCUUGGCAAGUGGGCAUAGACGUUUUAAGACCCCAGCGAUCUCGGCUCGGCGACGGCGGCAAACCCACCACAGUCACUUACCGGUCUCGAACGAUCCUCAAACGCGCUCAACGUCUUCUUCCCAAAGCUUCGUCCAGUCUCGGAACAUGGUCGGAGCGCUACAGUGAUAUAUGAUCCGGUAGACGCUCGGAAUACACACAGAAAAACGGUCGAUCGGUCGUACGUAUGGCGCGCACCGCGAACCGAAUGAUGCGCGAUUCGAAAGACGGACGACAGCCGGGAUUCGGCCAUACGUGAUCCGCGGCUUCGUAUCGCUUUCUCCUCCUCGUUCUCGGCCCGUCACAACCGGGUCACAAAUUUAGUCAAUUUCCGUUCAUCGGGACCAACGGAGAAUCGACUCGGGCCGCGUUUACCGAUCUCGGCUUACGAACACCCCGUUUUCGCCCGCGAAUCUGCAAACACGUCGUCUCUCGUCACGCAUCGACACCACAUCCGAUGCGCGUUCUGAGCUGCGCCGCGUGCAACUAAGCCACACCGUGCACACCGCUGCACCGCCAUGGACCUAGCAAGUGGACAAGCUUUGGCACUUCGUCGUCGGACCAACCGGAUCUGUUCUGUUUUCUGAACACCUACCGUUGUUCCGGCCAAAUCUUCUCUUCUUACGUCUUCCACCAUCCGUAAGGCCGCCGCUCUUCACGCACAUAUUUCUCUCUUUCUUUUUUUUCCACGGAUCGGUCGCGCGUCAAAAGCGCACCUAUCCGCAUGUUGUUAUACUUACCGCCGCACCCCAAGCAUACAUAUUAUUAUUACAUGCUCGUCCAUGCGCAUAUAUGUUCUUCUUAUAUAUAUAUGUAUACAUACUAUUACCUAUUACUUCGCGCAUAUAUAUAUAUGAACACAUUGUCACACGCGCGCACACAUACACAUACACUAUAUUGCUAUAUGUGUACUCGUAUAUAUACACACAAUUACACAUAUAUUAUAUAAUCGUGUUAUAUGUUAGUGAAAAGGAGAGACCGGUAGAUUAUGGUAGGUCAGCCUUUCUCGUGAGUGUAUGAAUGUAAAUAUAUGGCGCGCCGCCGCCGGCCCCCGACCCCGCCCGCCCUCGUCAUACCCUUUCUUUGCGAUCACGACUAGCACCCCACCACCACCAUAGAUAGAUACCACAUAUUUAUAGCGUUUAUACAUUUAUACAAUACUUUAUAUAAAAUAAAGCAUCAGUAUUUAAAACUCA